AUGGCAGCGGACGGACAGUGCUCGCUCCCUGCUUCAUGGCGGCCGGUCACCCUCACCCACGUCGAAUAUCCUGCAGGUGACCUCUCUGGCCACCUCCUCGCCUACCUGAGCCUCAGCCCUGUAUUUGUCAUCGUCGGCUUCGUGACCCUCAUCAUAUUCAAGCGGGAGCUGCACACGAUCUCAUUCCUCGGGGGCCUGGCGCUGAACGAGGGGCUCAACUGGCUCAUCAAGCACGUGGUCCAGGAGCCGCGGCCCUGUGGAGGGCUCCACGGCUCAGUGGGCACCAAGUACGGGAUGCCCUCCAGCCACUCCCAGUUCAUGUGGUUUUUCUCCGUCUACUCCUUCCUUUUCCUGUAUUUAAGAAUGCACCAAACGAACAACGCCAGGUUCCUGGACUUGCUGUGGAGGCACGUGCUCUCCCUGGCUCUCCUCACCGCGGCCUUCCUAGUCUCCUACAGCAGGGUCUACCUGCGCUAUCACACCUGGAGCCAGGUGCUGUACGGGGGCGUCGCCGGAAGCCUCAUGGCCAUCGCUUGGUUCAUCAUCACCCAGGAGGUCCUCACUCCUCUGUUCCCCAGGAUAGCGUCCUGGCCGAUCUCCGAGUUCUUUCUAAUUCGAGACACGAGCCUCAUUCCCAACGUCCUCUGGUUUGAGUACACAGUCACCCGGGCAGAAGCCAGGAACAGACAGCGCAAGCUGGGCACGAAGCUGCAGUGA